AUGCCAUUCGACUCGACGCUCAUCUCAUUAAUGGUUCACCGAAUCGGCAAUACUUUGCUUAUCGAUGAAUUCGAUUUAGCGAAUCAUCUGAUCCUCAAUGAGAGCAAACAGUGGUCAUGGCUUAAGAGGUUUGUCGACAAUAUGAUCGUGAAUUGUAAGCCAAACUCGAAGCCAAUGAUCACCAAAAAGAUUAAGACAAGGGAUGAGUUGCAGACGAAGAAUAUGUUGUGUAAAUUCUUACACUAUUCUGUCGAUGAAAACCUCAACCAAACGAAAGACUUAUCCAAAGAGUUAUCGAAAGAUAAGCUCCAAUUGUCGCCGAAAAAAGUGUCUCAAAACGAAAACAUUGAACACAACAACGAGAGGAAAGACUUUUAUUUCAGUCAUUAUAAUCAAGAGAGCCAUAUGUCGGAGAUUAUAGCCAAACAAUUGGAUGCCAUUGAAGACAACUCUGAGUCCACUUUUCCUGGAUUUUUGCGUAACGUUUUGUGGACUUUCGAAGACAUCCGGAUGUUAGUCGCCUCUAAUAUGCCUAUAUUUGGUGACUCACAUCACCCGGCGGUCAGCCUAAGACUCCAUGACAUGAAGAGACCAAUUAAUAUACUCACAGGACUUGACUACUGGUUGGAUAACCUAAUGUCUUCAGUGCCUGAAGUGAUGAUGUGUUACCAUUUGGAAGGAAUUGUUCAAAAAUAUGAACUCGUGAAAACAGAAGAAAUUCCUCAAAUGUCUUCUACAAAAGGGCCGCUAUUUUCACCAAAAGUGGUGCAAAAUGUGGCCCAAAAUAUUCUGUCGUUUUUGAAAUCGAAAGCAACCAAAUCUGGUCACACGUAUUGGCUGUUCAAAGGCAAACACGACGAUGUGGUCAAACUCUAUGAUCUGACCACUCUUUGUGUCGAUUAUAUAGAAGAGAGUGAUACCAAUCCGUUCGCAAUUCCAGUGGCAAUGCUUUUGUAUAGAGUGGCGAAGAAUAUGAAAGACAUUAAUCUGAAGCGCUCGCCCGCUAUUGACUCCAAAAUACAUAAGUUAUUAUCAAACUGUUUAUCACUAUUGGAUCCGUCGAAACAUUCGCAAAUUGUUUCGUCUGCUAAUUAUCUGCUAAGCGAUGUCUAUAUUCCUAAUGAUAUCGAUCCAACUCUUCUGCCAUCAGUUAAUGAUAACAAUAGUGGAAGCGAUGGCAGUGAAGGGGAUUACGAUUUUGAUGACAUCGAUUCCAGUGACGGGUCGAGUGAUGAUUCAACAGUUGCCACACUAGAAGUCAAUAAACUAAGUGUUGCCGACUCUUAUGCCAAUGAGAAGCAAAAGAAAUCCAAACAAUCCAACAGUGAAUUCGAUGCCGAAAACAGUUUGGAUUGGAGUGUGAAGUGUGAGAGAGCUCUCAAACACAUCAUUGAAGGACUGAAAUCAUUGUUUCACUCAAAUGUACAAAAACAAGAGGAAACCAUUUACAAGACCUCUAAAGAUGAGAACCAAAAGUAUGCGAAUCCCAAUAAAGCGAUUCCAUUGGAUUAUAGUUCGUUGAAUGAAAAGGACGACCAAAAUGGUUCGCUAUCUGGCAAAGAGUUGACUCAAGUAUCGCCGCAAGUGAUACCCAAUUGGAAGACAUGUCUGGAAGUAUGUCUUUUGCAAAAAGGCGCUCAAGUAUUCUGUAUAUUAUCGGAACUAUCGAACGCAAAGGGCAGUUGUCUUAAAGCACUCAAAUACAUCCGAAUGGGAGUCAUGUGCUAUGAAAUAGCACUCGAUAUCAUUGAGAAGAGCGAACAGAUUAAUUACUAUAAGGAACCCAUCGCUUGUUUACUCGCCCUCUGCGGUGAUAUUCAUGUAAAAGUACUCAACUCUUCGGUUCCCGCAAAUGAUUCGGACUGUGAUAACGAUAACAAGGAAUUGAAUGAUUUAUAUUUCAAUCAAUUGCCAGAAAUACUCGAAAAAUUCAGUGAAAAUAAGUUAAUAGAAGAGUUUCAUUGGGCUUAUAAUCCUGUGAUCAGUAGUGAGAAUAGUAUCGAACAGAGACUCAAAGUGUGUUAUCGAUGCUAUGAGGAAGCCUUGUAUCAAUUAAAUGAUAUUAAGCCCACAAAUAAAGCCAAGAAUGAGAAUAAUGCCCUUCAAGAGCGACUCAUGAAACGUUUGGGCUAUAUAUGCAACGAAUUGGCCAACUAUUACAUGAAUGAAUCUCUCAAACAUUUUAAUCACACCAUAAGCGAGGGCUCGACAGCUGAACAACAGCUGAAUGACAGUGAAGUGAGUCGUUUGGAAAGACUGACAAACAAGAGUCUCGUAUACUUUACAGAAGCGGUAGAAUUGUUUCGCAAAGUGGAGGACAGAGAGAAUAUAUCGUUAAUGUUGUCAAAUACGGGUCGUCUGAUGAGAACGUGUGCCCAUAUAUUCGCGCCCACAUUCAGACACAACAGUUCCGAUGAGUUCUCAGCCAAAGAAAGACAAUUCUAUGUCAAAGCUAUUGAUUACUAUAAAUCGGCGCUUAAAGAGUUGGGCACCGAAUCGCAGAAGAAAUAUAUGGCUGUUUCCGAUAAUAUCAAUUGGGAAUUGAGUACAACUCUGUACACUAUUGGAUGCCUUAUACAAGACUUCGCUCCCCUCUCGACCUCUGCCUUUGAAUCGGUUGAGAAAGAGAUCAGUAAAUACUUUGUGGAAGCACUGGAUUUUUGUGAAAACGGCCAAAAACGUGACACUUCUAGGAAUGUGUUAUACCAGUACAGGAACGCCACUAUUAGCCAUCGGUUGGCAUCUCUUUAUCACAACUCAUACAGAAAUAUGAGCGAAGAAACCGAGAGAAGAAAACAGGUGUACAAUCAGUCCAACAGUUAUUACGAAAAGUCGCGUCUUAUGUAUCGAUUGCUUAACGAUAAGGAAGAGUACGUUAGGGUGUGUUUGGAACAGAUAGGUCUUCACGAACGCAAUUUGGCUCAACUCAAUGGAUUCGCCUCUAAAGUCAAGUGUCUUCAUCUCAUUCUCUCCAUUAUAUUAACCAUUCAUGACAUGGACUUCACGGACACCGAAACAGAAGAAGACAAAGAAAAGAUCGACAAAUUGUUGCAAUUGUUGAGCACACGGAUCGGUCUCUCCAUUAAAGCACUCAUCAAAUGCUAUUCAAACAAAGCGUCAAAAUAUAAGGAUUUGAUUCAGAAAUGGACACAAAUUGACGAAUUUAUUGGCAAAACAAACGCUUCUAAACGGACCACAGUUUAUGAUAAACUCAACAAAAUUUGCGUUAAAAUUAUUUCAUCCAAACUCUUGGAAACGAGUCCUCAAAAAUAAAAAUUCAUUUUUUGCCAUAAAAUCUCGCACUUUAUCAGAAAAUUGUAAUAUAUUUCACAUAAAUUAACAUAUUUUGUAUAUA